AUGAGUCGUAACGUCGCGAUCACCGCCGUCGACGGCCAUACAGGCUCCCUGAUCGCCGAGUUGAUCUUAACUGAUGGCACAUUCAAACGAAAAGUCUCAUCCGUGACCGGGCUAGCACUCGACACAGAUUCGCAGCACUGCCAUGAUCUUAGGGAUUUGGGUGUUAAGAUAGUCCCUUACAACCCCGGUAAAGGUUUCAAGCAAGCUGUUAAAGCCUUGAAAGAUGCUCAGAUCGACGCAAUCUGCCUUAUCCCGCCUGCUCACAAGGAUAAGCUUGAUAUAUCACUGGAAUUAAUUGAGGUUGCGAAACAGGCUAAUGUACCGAAUGUCUGUCUAUUGUCAUCGGCUGGAUGUGAUAUUUCAGAACGAGACAAGCAACCUCGUUUGAGGGAGUUUAUAGAUAUUGAGGCGCAGGUAAUGGCGACGAAAGGGGAUCCAUCUACGUCUACGGGACAUUCGCCUGUUAUUAUUCGAGCCGGAUUUUACGCCGAAAAUCUCCUCCUCUACUCCAGGCAAGCCCAGGAGGAAGGCGUACUACCCCUUCCGAUCGGAACGAAUCAUAAAUUCGCCCCGGUGGCUCUUGGAGAUGUCGCACAAGUUGCUGCCCAUGUCAUGACUGGGACCGGAAAACACGGUUUCGCUGAUAAGCAUCGAGGACAGCUCAUGGUGGUGACCGGACCGAUGCUCACUACCGGUGACGAACUUGCAACGGCAGCGAGUCAAGCACUCGAUACCAAACUCAAGUUUGAGGAUAUCUCGCCAUUUCAAGCCAAAAAAGUUCUCAAAGCACAAUCUGAUAGUGACGAAGCGGAACUAGAGUAUUUACUCGAGUACUAUUCUCUAGUCCGAGAAGGUAAAACCAACUACAUUUCCACAACCGCAUUCCACGAUGUUACUGGUGUACACCCGCAGGAACCCCCAGGAUUUUUUAAGGUCUAUGCGGAGAGUUUUGAAAAAAAACCUGCAAGUAAGAAGCGGAAAGCCAGUGGAAAGUAG